AUGCGCGAAUGUCACCACGCAUGCUGUGAAAAACCCAGAGAGCCUGAUGUUACCAACACGGCAACUCCACCUCCAGCUAUUCGGAUGUUUCGGAGGUUAGAGGGUCUGUUUUGUGUGUACAAACCCACUGGUGUCCACUGGAAACUCGUACGGGAUAGCGUCGAGACAAAUCUUCUCAAAGGUUUGAAUGCUACAUCGUCCCAGCCACUUCCUCAGGAGGUCCGCUUCUUGGUAAACCCAGUCAGUGAGACUGAAGCACCCAAAGGACUCACACUGUCCGCAUCCUCUGUGCCAGUACUGUCCAAGCAUCCUCUGGUGACUGGACCUGAAUUCCAGCAUAUCAGAGUUGGAGUAGGACAUCGCCUGGAUGCAUUUUCUUCUGGUGUUCUGGUUCUCGCUGUUGGGAAUGGAAACAGGGCCAUGAAUGAUCUCUACAGAACCCGAGUCACUAGGGAUUACACUUUGGAGGGGAAUUUGGCAGCAACGGAUGAUUUCUCACACACAGGCAGAGCUGUGGAAAGAUCCACCUUCGGUCACAUCACACAGGAUAAGCUGGACAAAGUAUUGGCGAUGCUGCAGGCCAAUCAAAAGGCCUUGUUAAUGUAUUCCAAUGUAGACAUGCACUCUCAGGAAGCCUAUGAGAUGGCUGUGCAAGGUUUACUGGGUCCAGAGGGGAAAUCGCAGCCUAUUUUGACAGGCUUGCGUUGCAUUCACUUCCAGCCCCCCAACUUUACUUUAGAGGUGCAGUGUCUAAAUGAAACUCAGAAAUAUUUGCGCAAAGUUGUACAUGAGAUAGGACUCGAGCUGCGCAGCACAGCAGCGUGUAAAGGAGUUAGACGGACCAGAGACGGCCCCUUCACACUACAGGAUGCCUUGACCCAUCACCACUGGACUGCUUCUGAUGUUAUACAAGCCAUCAGACAAUACCACUCUAAAAUAAAUCUAAAAUAUUCACACACACAGAUGAAGGACACAGUAUUACAACCACCUGAAGAGAGUACAACAUUAAAAAAAAACAGCGACGAAGCAGUGGUAGGUAGAAUUACAUGACUUGUUGCUGUGAGCAGCAGUUAACACAAGUCACAGAACUGCUCUACAGGGACUCUGUGAGCUUGAACUUUAGUUGGAAAAGUGAUGUGUUUGUUAUCAAGAAAUAGUAUAAAAAAUAAUUUGACAAAUUGUUUCAGAUUCUGUUUGGUUGAGCUACCGUUUGAUAAUCUGAGUUUACGUCCAUGUUUAUAGACAACAUAUUAAACUGUGCAUUUGUGUGGUUGGUGCCUUGAAUAGAGGUUUUGUUAGUUAAAUCAACACUCUUGAAGGUCUGUAGAUGACUUGAUGCACCUACAUUAUCAGAACAUUAUUUCAAACCAGUCAUUUCUAAGACAGUCCUCAUGUUUACACUUACUGGUCCCAUCCAGUUAACUUGGUAAACAACCUUCUUAUCUCUGCUGUGGUUGCGUGUCAAACUAAGUACAAUCAACAGACAUCUUCCUGCCAGCUUACCCACUGAGAACCAUAGAUUGUCUGUAAUGAAGGACCGCAAAUGAUGACCACAAUAGUAACUUUUGACUGUACGGCGUGCAGUUAGCAGCCAGUGACCUUGUGUCUUUACCCAUUUAAAAGGUUUUU